AUGAAGGUUGCAGUGUUUGGAGGCGCGGGGCGCGUUGGCAAGAUUCUAUGCUUAGCUUUGCGGGAUAAUGAGGCAUUCGAGCCUCUUGCUGUGGUGCGCAGCGGCGAGCAAGCCAACGCUUUACAAGAAUCAGGGGUGAACGCUUCAGUAUUGGAUAUAGAGAAGUGCACGGUCGAAAAAAUCACUGCUGCAAUAGAAGGCUGCGAUGCCGUUGUUUGGACGGCAUGCUCUGGCGGUAUAGCAAUGGAUAGAAUCUUUACAAUGGACUUAGAUGGCGCCAUUAAGGCCAUAGAGGCCACCCAAAAAGCCAAAAUCCAGCGGUUUAUUAUGGUUUCUGCAAUCAACGUGGAUAACAGGGAUGCAUGGUGGCAUACUGCUUUGAAAAAUAACUUUAUUGCAAAGAGAACCGCCGAUCGCAUAUUGCAAACGUCGGGACUUCAAUACACUAUCUUAAGACCCGGUUCGCUACACUCAGAGCAGGGAACAGGAAAGUUAUGUUCUCUUGAUUCCUUGGAGCAGAAAAAACCGUGCCACUACUUGAUCGAAAGGGAAGAUGUGGCGAGCUUCAUCGUGCUUGCUUUGACUCAUCCCGAGAAGACGACAUAUAAGACCAUACCCCUUGCCAAUGGUGAACUGCCCAUGCAAGGCUUUUUAUAUGUUGUAUGA